AUGUUUGCUGCGGCCACUAAAAACUUUGUGAAGCAGGUCGGGGACACAGGGAGGCUGAUCCCCGUUCCGAGCCUAAGCGAGGCCGACCGCUACCAGCCCCUCAGCCUGGUCACCAGGAAGAGGAAGAGGCAUUUCUGGAAGAAGAACAAGUACGCCUCGACGCCGUUCUCGCUGAAAGACAUCCUUGUUGGGGAAAAAGAGAUCACAGCAGGAGUAUCGUCUUAUCAACUCUUAAACUACGAGGACAAAUCUGACGUAGCUCUCAGCGGUCGCCUAGGUAACCACAUAAUUAACGACGUGGGGUUCAACGUCAGCGGGUCAGACUCGGUGGCCGUCAAAGCCUCUUUCGGCAUUGUGACCAAACACGAACUGGAGGUCCCCACUUUACUCCGCGAACUCAACUCUAGGAAGGUUGACCUGGAUCACUGCCUGGUUCGUCAGUCGAGGGAGAGUGGACGGACUGCUCUAUGUGUGGUUGUAGAGAGCAUCCGGACAACGCGUCAAUGCUCUCUAACCGUCCACGCUGGCAUGAGAGGGACUACCAUGAGGUUCCAGAUUGACGACGGCAGAAACCCCAAAGGUCGAGAUAAAGCCAUUGUCAUUCCGGCUCACACCACCAUUGCCUUCAGUAUCUGUGAGCUGUUCGUCCGUCUGGACGGUCGGCUUGAUAUUUGUGUUGCUCCAGAGUCUCAGGGGGGCUUUGAGAAGGAACAAAUCAGGGAGCAAUUGGGCGGCUUCAUUGGGCAUUUCUCAAUGGGACGCCUACGCCGCUUCCUGUCUGGAAUUAUCUAUGGGAACCCCUUCCGAGCAGACGACAGGACAUUCGAAGAGCUCACCCAGUCCGACACCUACGUGGAUGACAUGGUGACUGACUACUACGAGAAAGCUGCCAGCAUGACGGACGUAUCUACGGCCUACCUGAGGGAAAGCGCUCACACACGAGUCAAUCUUUUGAAACACAACAUCCCAAAGGGACCAUGCGCACUGUGCGGUAUGGGAAGUCAACGGCGGGAAACGGUCUACGGGUGUCUGGAAUGCUCCACUGGGGGCCAGAAGUAUGUCCGACUGCAUGUGGUGCCCUGUUUCGAUCUUUGGCACAAAACCCUAAGGUGA